AUGGAUCGAUCUCACCAAAGCGAGUCUGCCUCAAGUGGAAGCUCAAUAAACCGCGUGCAAAGUGAACCAAGUGACAAACCAGUUGGGUGUGGAGAGACAAAGGUUCUCAAGGUCGGCCCGCAUAAAUUCGGGGAGUUUCUACAGACGGCCAAUAUAAGAUCAAGUCUCAAAACAUGGACAGUGGAUAGCGACAACUCCGAGACCAUGCGGCACAUGGAGACUGCGGCAAAGGCUAUACGUGAUGGUAAUUAUCCAGUUGCCUUCCCAACAGAAACAGUAUACGGCCUGGGCGCAAACGCAAGAGACAGCAGAGCAGUUCAAGGGAUAUACAAAGCGAAAGGCAGGCCGUCAGAUAAUCCUCUAAUUGUCCAUAUAUCCGACCUCGACAUGUACACAGAGAUGGCGAAGGGCUUGACAAUAUCACGAGAGACGAGCCUUUAUGUGGCUCGCUACAACGAGCUGGUAAAUAAGUUCUGGCCCGGUCCGCUCACUCUACUUUUCCCGAAACCGCCGAAUUACCUCGCCCCCGAAGUCACUGCUGGACUGGACACGGUUGGCCUACGUAUGCCCGAUUCUGCUCUUGCGCGGACCCUGAUCAAGUUAUCUGGCGUCCCGGUCGCAGCUCCAUCAGCAAACUCGUCGACGAAGCCGUCCCCGACUACUGCGAAGCACGUAUUACACGACUUGAACGGGAAGAUCCAGUAUAUCUUGGAUGGUGGGCCUUGCAAUAUUGGUGUCGAGAGCACAGUCAUUGAUGGGCUUCGAGAUCCACCACUUAUUCUUCGCCCCGGCGGAGUCGGCAUCGAUGAUAUCAGGGAGUGUUCUGGUUGGGAGAACGUGCAAAAAGGCUAUAAAGAUGAGAGUGAAAUCGGAGGGUCUGCGCCCCGUGCUCCUGGUAUGAAGUAUAAACAUUAUAGCCCGAACGCCACCGUUAUAUUGUGCGAAGACGGGUUUUCCCCAACUCCACAAUCAACACCCGGCAUGAAGUUUCUUCAUCUCGACCACAGAAAGAGAGCCGGUGGCAAACAGGAGCUAGGAAAAGUUGAACUCAUUGCAGAGGCUCCAUCCACUAAUCUCAACGUUGGCAUACUACGUACCAAGCACUGGAAUAAAUGGCUAGGUUGGGAAAGAAAUUCGAGUGGAGAAGCCACCAAAGUUCUAGAGCACUGUAGGAACGAGACGGCCACAAUCGAUGGUUUGGCGGAAUUGGACUACUCCACAGCCAAUCUCUUUAACUGCGAUGGUGCAAACUCUUUCUGUAUCAAACUUGUCGACUUUCAUCUCGGCCGCGAUACCCAAACCAUAGCAAGUGGAUUGUUUGCGGCGCUCAGGGAGAUGGACAAGCGCGGCGUGGAUGUUAUCUUUGUUGAAGGGAUCGAAGAAGAUGGCGGCGGUAUCGCAGCGGCGGUUAUGAAUCGGGCGAGGAAAGCUGCGUCGGAGCGACGGGGGCACAGCGAUGACGGCAUAACGAAACAUAUUUAUUGA